AUGACUUUGCUCAUUGGCACCAACUCGAAGGUCAGCAGUAUCUCGUUUCUGGCGCUGACGCAAUCUGCUGAGGUUCUCACGCUUGUCGAAGCUGGCGGGCCCAUCUACCAGCUCAACGUUUUGUCUACCACCCAGCGAGCAAAAUGGGACAUAAAUCGUCCUCCAGUCCGAACUUUUGGAGGAAAUUCAUGUUUGGACUUCACACAGUUCUGUGAAGUGGCGUCGGUGACUCCGAUGUUGACUGGAUUUGUCGUUGUAGAUAGGCAUCGUUUGCAAGAGUUCAACGUGUCGUGGGGCGAGUCUGCGACUCAAGAGGUUGCUGUCAGCACCAUGGGCAAGAUGAACAUGGAAGCUGUCGAAGAUGAUACCGAGCUCAGAUUUCCUACUUAUCUUGCAGUGUACCAGUCCUACAACUCCACUCACAUUGCACCAGACUUUCCGAUAACUCCGCUGUUUCCGCAUGCUCGAAAUCGGUACUUCUUCGUCUCUGACACAGGAAAUCACCGCAUCUUGUUCCUAGAUGCCACAAGCCAUUCAGCCUUGCAAUACGUGGAGUCUUUCGGGGUGCCUGGUCAGGCCCGAAGUGACAGGACAGGCUUCAACUUGCCGACGGGCCUUGCGGUCAUGGCGCCAACAGAUGAGAGUUUCUUCGGACCAACGAUCGCAGCAGUGUUUGUUGCAGACCGUGGCAACAACAGAAUUGUUAAGCUUCGCCUGGCAUACAGGAAAGACCCAAGCCAUCCAACCUAUAGAGGAGAGAUGCCAACUCUGAUAUGGGGCGGGCAAUACUUUCGAGAUGUUACAGGCGUGAACUACAAUGAGAGUCUUCUGGAUCCAGUUGGUGUUUCCAUUUACCGGCACUUCAUUUUUGUGUGUGAGGCCGAGGGAAAUGCAAUCUCUAUUUUGACGACCAACUAUGUGGCUCAUGAUGAGCUGAUCUACGUGACCCAGCUUUAUCCUCCACCCACCAUCCAACUGACUGGCAGCUUCUCCACCACGGAGCAGGGCUACCUUUGGUUUGCGUAUGUCAGACGGCCCUCAACACACGGCCUCGGCAGCAUCUACCUGCCGGAGCCAAUCGUCCAGUCGCCGCCAGCUUCUUGGAUCGAGGAGUUUCGCAUGCAAUGUACCAAUGCCACGAUCUACAACACGAUUAUUAUGGCGAAUGCUUCGCUCUACGAUGAGCACGUGAUCUACGUGCUCAACGCUGCUCGAAUCAACUGGCGCUUCGCAUACUUGCCCAACUUCCUGAGCAAGGAUUCCUUCAAUCUGACUGUCAUGUUUGAUUUGGUGCUUUGGAACGAGACAGUUCUGGAGGGUCAGAUGGAGUACUGUCUCCCGCCUCCGCCUGCAACCACUCCGCCCAUGCUAAGCGCCAACGAAGAUGGCUGGAAUACUCCUGGUGGGGGCAACAUUCUUCUGACUGGGGGCUCCGCGCGGGAAGUUGCUGGUUGGACUGUGCUUGCCAUCCUGUUGCUGAUCCAGACAGCAUAG